AUGUCCACUAGUAGGUUAGAUGCUGUCUACAGAAGUAUACUUCUGACGAAAUUUUUCACUAAAGGAUGGGGGAAACCAGAGAAUUUGCAAAGGUUAUUCGAGUUUAGAAAAGUAGUAUCAAACCGAGAAGAAUGUUUCAAAUUAGUGGAUAGAGACUACCCUGUUACAAUCACUAAGGAACAAAAUUUAAAUGACUGUAAACUUGUGGAAGGUUAUUUUGUUACACCACUGGAGCGUUACCUGCCUGGAAUAGUACCUGAGAUAGCACAGAAGGCCCACUUCCAAGCUUUGCUGCCUAUUCACUGGCCUGAACCAGAUUGUAAGCCAGUCUGCCUGCAUUUGGCAGGUACUGGAGAUCAUUUUUUUUGGCGACGGCGUAACUUAAUGGUGAAGCCAUUGCUGAAAGAAGCUGGCCUGGGAGGUAUUAUACUAGAAAACCCUUUUUAUGGACUCCGAAAACCUACCGAUCAGAUUCGGUCAUCGCUACAUAAUGUGUCAGAUAUAUUUGUGAUGGGCGGUUGUUUAAUCCUGGAGUCGUUGGUGCUGUUUCACUGGUGCGAACGGAAUGGAUUAGGUCCGUUAGGUGUUACUGGACUCUCUAUGGGUGGCCACAUGGCGUCACUUGCAGCGACAAACUGGCCGAAGCCCCUUGUUUUGGUUCCAUGCCUCUCUUGGUCAACAGCAUCGGCAGUUUUCUUACAGGGUGUAAUGGCUCAAUCGAUAAACUGGGAUCUGCUAGAGGACCAGUAUCUCUCCGACGGCAAGUACAGGGAGAAAUUGUCAAAAAUGGUGACCAUAGUCGACGAGGCAUUCCUGGCAGGUAAAAAAUUUGCGCGCACCUACUCGCAAACGGUUACAAGCCCUCAAACAGAGACUAUAAGUGACAAAAGUGAUAAUAAUAAAGAAAUAGACAUAAGCUACAAAGAAAAUAACAUUAAAAGUGAAAUAUGUGAUACAAAAAACAAAAAUACUGUUUACAACAAUGAAUCGAAUAAUUUAGACAGUACAAAGUUAAAAUUUAAUGAAGUGCCAGCAACUGUUACCUCUGAAUCUUUAAGUCAGACAGAAACCUUCAACGCCAAAUUAAAACAGUUACGUGGUGAGAACAAAAUUAGUGAAGUGCUAUACAACAAGUUGAUUUCCAAUGAAAAGUUCGUCCUGGAUCCGCAAGAUAUUAAAGACAUCAACACCUUAACGGAAGAGAUGAUUAGGGAAGUGUUAUUGAAAUGUAAAAUACUAGAAGCGACCAACUGCAAAACAGAUGAACAUCAAAAUACACCACCGGCAACUAUGGAGAACAAAAAAAGUUCAGUUCCAAUAAACGAAGAUCCAGAUAUAAUUAGCCAAAAUCCAAACCCCUUAAAAGAUCCUCUAAAAUCCAUAGACCUGUCUGUAAGAAAUGAAAAAAAUAGAGCAGGUUGGAAUUUAUCAGAGUUUACUUCAGAUCUAUGGGUGAAUCUGCCAUUCCUGAGUCGGUCGAGUGUGAAAAAGAUAGAUAUAAGCAAAAUACACUGGAGGGACAGAGAGGCGUUACAGUUCAUGAGAGGGAUCAUGGAUGAAUGCACGCAUCUUAGUAACUUCUCUGUUCCUUAUGAUACCUCUCUAAUUAUAGCUGUAUGCGCUAAACACGACGCUUACGUGCCGCGGGACGACGUGGGCACGCUGGAGGAGAUCUGGCCCGGUGCCGAGGUGCGCUAUGUUGACGCCGGCCACGUCUCCGCCUACAUAUUACAUCAGUCGCUCUUCAGAUCCUGCAUUAAGGAAGCUUUUGAACGAUCAAAGAAAAGAUGGAAAGACGGUAAACACAUUGAUUGA